AAAUUAAUAUUUUUCGUAACGUCUCCUUUACUAUUUCCCCACUUCUCCAUUUUUUAUGAACUUUUCAUUUUUUGCUACUAUUGUUUUUGUAUUCUUUUUCAACAUGACAUGAUGGAUAAUUAAAGAGCUGUUGAAGAAGACAUCUUACAGAAUCAAUGGAAAUAAACCAGUGGCGGUCGAAGAAAAAGAUAGAAUCUGCAGCAGAAACACUCCAAACUUCUUCUAGAAGAGGCAGAGGACAGGCACGUAUGGUUCCUCCAGUAAAUGGAGUUAGACCCGAUAGAGCUCGAAAAAGUCUAAGUGAGAAGCUAGACACUGUAGCCUUAAACUCUCCCAAGAAAGAUGUUCGUGUGAAUCUUUAUGGCGAGAAAAGUGUAGUAGAUGAGAUUUUCCUGGAAGGUGAAGAAAUGGGUCUUGAAACUGGUUUGAGGAAUGGAGAGUCAUCGCCUUUUUGUGGUGUAUCCGAUAAGCUUCUGCAGCGAAUCGAGCUUCUUGGGAGAGAUCAUGAGGCAAAGAGACUUGAUAACAACAAUUUCAGGUCAACUGAAACUAUGAGAAAGAGACAAGAAGAAUCUGCAGGUGAUGAUCUAAUUGAUAUGAAGACAAAGGUUCAAACUUUAGCUGCGGAGAACUCUCAGCUUAAGAAGUCUCUUGUGGCGAAAGAAGAGCUUGCCGUAAGCCUACAAGAGCGUAAAUUUCAGGUGGAAUCAGAAUUUGAAGCGUUAAUGACUAGAUUAGAUUCAACUGAGAAAGAAAACGCAUUCUUGAGAUAUGAGUAUGAUGUUCUUGAGAAGGACCUCCAGGUAAAAACAGAGGAAACAGAGCAUACUCGUAGGUCUAUGGAGCUAACGCAUAAACAGCAACUUAGGAAUGUGAACAAGAUUGUUGAGCUUGAAGCUGAAUGCCAAAGGUUAAGACUUCUGUUUCGAAAGAAGUUUCCGGAGAAGUCUAUAUCGAUGAGGAAUGAAGGUGAAGAAAAGAAGAUGGAGAUGAGAAGAAGAAACGCGAAUAAGAGCGAUUUGAUGAUGAGAGAUGAAGUUCAAAGCCGGAAGCUUAAGUAUGAUCUGUUGAUGGAACAGAUUGGGAAUGUUAGGGCAGAGAACAAGAAUCUAAUGGACAUAAUUAUGAAGAAAAACAUGGAGAUCAAAGAUCUUAGCCGCGGGCAGAAACCGUUAGAGGCUUCGAGUUUCGACAUUAGAAGCGAAAGUAGUGUGAUUAGCCCUUGUGGUUCGAAGGAGAUGAAACUACUGAUGGAUGAUUUUAAUGAGAUGGAGAAGUUAGCCAUUGUGUGUACUGAGAAAGAUCCAAGAGUGGAUGAUGAAAAGGAAGGAUCUUUUGAUUGGAUUCAAGUUGUUUUGAGCGCUAUAACGAAGCAAGAGAGGAUAUCGAAACGCGGUGUUAAAGAACUCUUACAAGACAUCAAGAUUGCUUUAGGAUGUAUGGAUGAAAAUGAUAAUGCAGCAAGAAAGAAAGGUGAAGAAGAUCCUCUCUGCAUCACAUGGAAAUCUCCUAGUGAAUCGGGUCCUAUGACUAAGGAUGAGAUCAAGAGACAUUUGGGUCUAACAAAAGCAGAUAAGGUGGAGAAGAUUGAAUGUGAUGAGAAGCAAGAACUGAGAAAUAAGCUUGAGGAAUCAGAGGAGAAGAUCAGAAACUUAGAAGCAGAGAUCAAAACGUUGAGAGAGAGUAAGGAAACGGUAGAGGCAGAGAUGGAAACGGAGAAAUCUAUGAAGGGAGAUCUUGAUACAAAUCUGAACAUAACAAGAGCUAAGCUCAACGAGACACAGAAGAAGUUGUCUUCUCUUGAAGUAGAACUUGAUUACAGAAAGAGCUGUUGUGAAGAACUCGAAGGAACUUGCAUAGAGCUUCAGCUUCAGCUAGAAAGUGUUGAAACGAAGAAACCGACGCAGAGAAACAAAAACGGGUGGGAUAUAGCAACAGCUUCUGUGAAGUUAUCAGAGUGUCAAGAAACGAUUACCAGUUUACGGAAGCAACUAAGAGCAUUAUCUACAACAGAACCAAGUAGCACCAUGAAAUUUCUACACAAAAGAUCUUCUCUCCGGGAAAAUAUAGAAGACUCAACGGCAAAAGAUUCAUCCUACAAAGCAGAGGAUGAUACUAACAGAGUCACUCAUGGUGAUGAUGGUAACCAUUACAAUGCGUUGAUCGUGUACGAACCAGUGAAGGCAAGAGGUGAAAAGAUGGAGAUGGCACAGAGAAAGAAGCAAGGAUUAGGGUUCUUGAAAAAACUGUUGUUCAGGAGGAAAAGAGUGAGCAGCAAGAAAUGUCUUGCCUUGACUAUGUGAUGAACUAAAAGGGGUUUUACAAGGGCUUUUGUUUGUGUGUAUUGGGUGAAUAGUGAAAACUGCUUGUGGGUAUGUUUGUGUCUACUCUAUGAGGUGUGAUGAGUUUUAGACUCUUAAUUCAUCUAAUAAAAUUAAAGGAAAUGU